AUGGCUUUCUUCUCGAAACUCAAGAAGGCAACGGAAGCCGCUCAAGAACACAAGAAAAAAGUAGCUGCUCAAGAACAACCGAAAUCCAAGGUUCCAUAUAAGCAUGUUCCUGUUCACGCUGGUGCAGAUGCCUUGUCUGCCACUCCCACGGCCAUGCGCUCCGAGGAAUUGAGGACCAGAAUUGCGGCUGCUCGAAGGAGCAGGUCUAUGCCCUCUAUCAGUGCAUCCGCGAGAUCCGGCGCCGCGUUGUGCCAGUCUGUAAACUCGCCAAACUCACGAUCACGUCCCAGCUCUAUCGCCUCCUCUCCCAGUCACAGUCGCUAUGGAAGCCUCAGCAGGAGAACGAACAGUGAGCUCUCGAUCUCUACGAUGAUGCAGUCGCGCCAGGAGACGCCUUCGCGUGGACGCCAGCCUGUGCGUCGCGACUAUUUCAGCUACGCAUCGGGUGUACCUGCUGUACCCCAGCUUCCUGCACAGCAUCGACCAAAGGCCCAGAAGACCAUCAACAGUCGUUCUUCUGUUACUAAGAGGAGAAGCCCCCUAUCAGUCAUGUCCAUCACUGAAGACGAUGAAGCUGGUAAGCCCUCUUCUAGCGGCUCUCAAGCUUCGGAUGCUUCCGUGGCCUCGUCGCAGAGCUCAGCGACAGAAAUUUCAAGGCCCAACAGCAGCCAUGAUCACACCAAGCAUAUCAAGAAGGAUCAGGACUACAGCAGACCAUUGUCCACCAUCACCUCGGCGCCUGCAAUACCAGAUGUCGCGCCGCAGACGCAGCACAAGAAGCACCAAUCCGUCAUCGAAGUAGCAUCCCAGCCUCAGCUCACGAAGAAGUCCAUGAGGCAGAGGCUCUCUCUCUUCUCCCGCAAGAGCAUGGUUGUUGCUGCACACUGA